UCAUCAAAUUCUUCGUCGUCAAAUUGGACUUUCUCUCUCAUCUCACACUCUCUCUUCCUAGUCCCCAAAAGUCUCUACGUACGCAUUGUUAAAACCUAAAAUCCUCUCGCCUAAUUGAUCUGAUCGUCCCUAUUAUCGGAGCGCAGAGGUCGUCAAUUCUUCCGGCGAUCAUUUUCCUGCGAUAAUUGAUUAGAAUUCAUUUGUGUUGACCUAAUUCUUCCGAUGAUCAAUUUUUUGAUUGUUUAUUUGAUAUUUCGUCUCUGAAUUUGUGAAUAUUGCUACUGUUUUUUCUGUGCGGCAGUGCUUUCCUGUUUUCAAAGAGGGGAAUGGCUGGAGUUUCUGAUGAUCAGGUCACUAGCGUAUGCGGUCACUGUGACAGAGCUAUUCCAUCUUCCAAUAUUGACUUGCAUUUCGCUCACUGCUCCCGGAAUCUGGAGAAGUGUAAAGUGUGUGGGGAUAUGAUACCCCGAAAACAUACAGAGGAGCACUUUCUGAGUACCCAUGCCCCGGUCUGUUGUUCCCUGUGCAGUGAGACUAUGGACCGUGAUAUUUUAGAUGUUCACAAAGGAGAAAAUUGCCCGAAAAGAAUUGUGACUUGUGAAUAUUGUGAAUUUCCACUGCCUGCAAUUGAUCUAUUAGAGCACCAGGUAGAAGUUUGUGGAAAUCGGACAGAGUUAUGCUACAUGUGCCAUAAAUAUAUAAGACUUCGAGAGAUGCAUAGCCAUGUAAGCAGAUGCACUGGUGCUGUUAGUACCGUAGCUGAGUCAUCAAGGAACACGAGGGCAAUGGAAAGGGAAAGGGAAAGGGAAAGGGCUGCAGGUGCUCCGAGGAGGCAACCGCGUGAGUUUUCACCAAGGCGUCUACUGUUUACUAUUGCAAUAACCGGGAUUGCUGUUCUAUUAGGUUCGCUUUUCUUCCAGAGGAAGCCAGGCCCCACUCCAGUCAACUAAGAAUGCUUUUCUUUCUAGGCUACUACUGAUUACACCAUCUUACUUGGUUUACGUCUAAUGUUGGUUGCGCCUGUAUAAUUCCCGACAUGGUUGUAGUGUUGAAAGAUUUGAGCGCAUGGAUCUUUGUAUCAACUGAGACACAUUAUUGUCCCAUUCGGUAAAUAGUCUUAUUUGUAAAAAGGGAACCAAAUCUUAUUUGAACCGGGAAAGAAUAAAUCGUCCGUUCUUUUUCCAAA